AUGGCUACUAAAAGGAAAAGAGAACAACAGCAGCAACCAGAAAAGCUAAAGAAAAGGAAGAAUAAGAAACAGAAGACUAAACAAUCUCAAGAUGACAAGGUUUUACUUGCACAAAAUUCAUUUGAACAUUUACAAAAACAUAUUGAUGAUGAUUCAGAUUCAGAAUUGAUAUUUGAUUAUGAUAAAAAGAAAUCUAAAAGCCCUGAUGAAAUAAUACUUGUAGAUAGUGAAAGUGAAGAUGAGAGUAUAGAAGUGACUCCAGCUGCUGAAGAACUAUCUGCUAAAAAACAAAAUAUCAAAGUUGAUAAUGAAUUAACUCAAAAUCAAGAUUUUAUCGGUUUUGGAUUUUCAUCUUCUUCUGAUGAGGCUAAUGAUGUAAGUAAUGAUGUUUAUGAUUUAUCAGAUGAUGGUAUUUUAAGUGCUGAUGAGAAUGGAGUGACUGUAAUAAAUGGUGUUUCACAAUCAUUAUACCCCUGGGUUAAAAAUCAUGAUCAUUCAAGACAACGAGAAAUUGCAGAUUGGCUCACUAUGGAAAUCAAAGAUUUUGUAAAUUAUAUAUCCCCAUCAAGUGAUGAAAUUACUUUAAGAAAUAAUGUUAUUAAUAGAUUGAAAAAACAUAUUGGUAAAUUUUGGCCAGGUACCGAAUUACAAGUUUUUGGUUCUUGUGCUACUGAUUUAUAUUUACCUGGUUCUGAUAUAGAUAUGGUAGUUAUUUCAAAAACUGGAGAUUAUGAAGAAAGAUCAAGAUUAUAUCAAUUGUCUACUUUCCUCCGAGCUAAAAAUUUAGCUAAAAAUGUUGAAGUUAUAGCUCAUGCAAAAGUCCCAAUUAUAAAAUUUAUAGAUCCAGAAUCAAAUUUUCAUAUAGAUGUUUCAUUUGAAAGAACAAAUGGAUUAGAUGCAGCUAAAAGAAUACGGAGAUGGCUCGAUUCAACUCCAGGAUUAAGAGAAUUGGUUUUAGUUAUAAAACAAUUUCUUAGAUCUAGAAAAUUAAAUAAUGUACAUGUUGGUGGUUUAGGUGGAUAUGCUACUAUAAUUAUGUGCUAUCAUUUUAUGAGAUUACAUCCUAAAAUAUCUACAAAUUCAAUUGAUCCAUUGGAAAAUUUAGGUGCUUUAUUAAUUGAAUUUUUUGAAUUAUAUGGUAGGAAUUUUGCUUAUGAUAAUUUGAUAAUAGCAUUAGAACCAAAAACAGAAGCACCGAUGUAUUAUACAAAAGGAAGUCAUCCAGUUUUGGUAACUUGUAAAAAUACAUUUUCAAUAGUGAUUCAAGAUCCAGCAGAUCCAAGAAAUAAUAUAACAAGGUCAUCAUAUAAUUUAAGAGACCUAAAGAAAGCAUUUGGUGGUGCUUAUCAACUAUUAGUUGCCAAAUGUUAUCAAUUACAUUCUGCAUCAUAUAAAGAUAGAUUAAAUGCAUCUAUAUUAGGUGAUAUCAUAACUUAUAGAGGUAAAGAAAGAGAUUUUAAUGAUGAUAGAGAUAAAGUUUCAAAUACAGCUUUAAUAAAUCAUGAAGAAAGUGAUAGUCAAAGUGAUGGUGCUGAUGGUAAUGAUAAAUAUUAUUUUUCAGAUAUGACUGAUGAGAGUGAUGAUGUAGAAGAUAAAUAUAUUCCAAGAGAAACAACACCAAUUACAAAUAAAGCGAAAGAUACAAAGAAAUUGAUAGAGGAUUAUCUUAGUCUAGAAAACUCAGAUGAUGAAAAUAAUGCAAAUGAUGAUGAUGAUGAUGAUAAUGAUGAUACUGAUGAUGAACCUUAUGAUCCAGAAAAUGUACAAGUUAAAAAACCGAAAUCAUUACUAGACAAAGAUAUCAAAAGAGAGUAUUGGCGACAAAAGGGUAUGUAA